AUGUUUUUUGAUGUUCUUCCCGAGGAGGAUUGGAAAAAGAACUUCAGAAUGACAAAGGCUAUGUUUACUGAUUUAGUAGAUCAAAUACGCAUAUGGAUUACUCCUGACAACACAUCUCCAAAUUAUCGAGCCUUGUCUGCAGAAAAAAAAGUUGCAGUAACGUUGUACUACUUGAAAGACACAGGAUCUUUGUCAAUGACAGCAAACACUUUUGGCCUGCACAUAUCUACGGUGUCAAAAGUCAUAAGAGAUGUUUGUAACUGCAUAACUUACAAGCUUGGACCAAAAACCAUAGCCCUGCCAAAAACGAAAGAAGAGAUGCUUGAAAAAGUAGGAGAAUUUGAGGCCAAAUUUAGAAUGACGCAAGCUUUUGGCUGCAUAGAUGGCACCCACGUACAAAUCUUACGACCUAGUGAACAUUCACAAGAUUAUUUUUCUUACAAAAUGUAUUUUUUUCUUAACGUUCAGGCAGUAUGCGAUUUCCGUGGCUAUUUCAUGGAUGUUGAUUGUAGGUGGCCAGGCAGUGUACAUGACGCGAAGGUGUUCGCCAACUCAAAUAUUGCUGCUAAACUUAAAGAUGAGAUAUACCCAUUACUUAUGAGGACAUCCUGCCAGGCCGAGCCAAAGUUCCAAACUAUUUGA